AUGCCUUUUUAUCGAAUCGAGUCGCGUAUUGCGUUCAUCAUGCUCAAGCACCUCCGACCAUCAGUCUUUUAUCUGUUUGGUGGGGAGAGUCAGGUCACAACACCAGAGGAUCAAGCUCAAAUCCUUGAGAGGACGGGUGCAGGAUUUGGGGGGAGCGGCGGAGUAAAAUAUCCUCAAGCCAAGACGGCAGUUAUAUUGGACUGUGGUCAUAUGGUCCCGUUCGAAAACGUGGAUGAAAGCGCUUUUCUUGUUGGGAGAUGGGUUGGCCAGUCUGUGCAGAGGUGGCAGAAAGAUGAACUGCAAGUGCAUCAGAAAUGGACUAAUCAGCCAAAAAGGGAGGUGCUGACUGCACCUGCUAAAUGGAGACCUAUGCUGGAAGAAAUAUUCAAGUCUCAGGGGCGGACAGGGAUGUGGAAAAUCUAG